AUGAUGCGGGGAAUGCAGUCCUUAAACGUGGCGCCAGGAACAAUAGAACGAGGUAGCACCACUAAAAAGGUGGGCAUCACUGUAAUCGCGGAUCUUCUGGACUAUUUUGACGGAGACCGGGAUCGCUAUGAGAGAUGGGAGAAACAGAUAACUCUGCUCAGGACAUCGUACGAGUUGGACGACUCCGAAUGCCGAAUCCUAAUUGGCUCCCGAUUAAAAGGGAGGGCUCUAGAAUGGUUCCAUUCGAAGCCGGAGUUCAUUCAAUUGACAUUUGAAGAAUGUAUACAGGAGUUGCAGGCGAUGUACCGCUACCAACCGAGCAAAGUAGUUCUGGCGAAUCGAAUCCCCAUCGAGGACGAGGCAGAACUGGUGGAUGAAAUUAUUGAGGGUAUUCCCGAUACUGUGCUACGGAACCAGGCACGCAUUCAGAGGUUCCAAAAUAAAAGCUCUGUGCUGGCUGCUUUUGAAAAGGUGGAGUUGCCAGCAGAGGUCAGACAAGGACGACGAGAGCAACCGAGGGACACCGAACCGUGGAAACGACCGCAGGGCCAGGUAGCAGCUUUGGAACCGCCGGUCGCAAGGUGCCAUAACUGUGGGGCAAGAGGACACAGCGCCGCGGGAUGCCCAUUGAGGGCACAACGAACAAAGUGCUACGCGUGCCAGGAGUUCGGGCACAUUGCCGUCAAUUGUCCCAGGAGGUCAUCAGCCGCAGCGGACAGCCAUCCGUCCAAUACGCCACAAACAUCAAAGAAUAACUAUGCGAAAGUAGUUAACAUUGGCGAUUGUGAAAUAAUGGCACUUAUCGAUACCGGCAGUGAUAUUACACUGAUGCGAGCGGCUGCUCACUCGGAGCUAGGUUUCCCACCACUACGACAAAAUAAAAUUAGUUUUUGCGGGAUAGGAUCAUUAGCCAAUAAAACGUUAGGGCAAUUUAACACGAACAUUUCGAUAGAUGACACUUCUUAUCCGAUAAAUAUCCAUGUCGUUCCAGAUUCUCUCAUGCGGUACAAUCUUUUGUUGGGGACAGAUUUCCUGAAGACGAUGGAGAUUCGCAUUAAAGGGGAAGUUAUAGAGAUCCGAGGAUUGCGCGAGGCUAGCCCCGACGGUUCGGAUGUCGCGGACGUGCUAAGAAUAGACGUUGUUGCCGAGGAGAAUAUAGACACUUCUCAUAUAGCGGAUGCGCAGCUUAAAAGCAGGGUAGAAUAUUUGGUAGAAAGCUACCGGCCGAAUAGAAACCGCGAAGUCGGCGUCGAAAUGUCGUUGGUUCUGAAGGACGAAGAGCCGGUAUAUCAAAGGGCGAGGCGGUUGUCCAUAUCGGAGCGCGAAAUAGUUAAUACUAUAGUCCGAGAAUGGUUACGGGACGGAAUCAUUCAACCUUCGUUGUCGGAGUACGCGAGCCCGGUAGUCCUGGUUAAGAAGAAGGAUGGCACGCCCCGGCUUUGUGUCGAUUACCGACAGUUAAACAGAAAGAUAGUUCGAGACCGUUAUCCGCUUCCCCUCAUCGAGGACCAAUUAGAUUCUCUGCAAGAUGCGAGGAUAUAUACCACUUUAGACUUGAAAAAUGGAUUCUUCCACGUUCCGAUUAGACCAGAGUCACAGAAAUACACCGCUUUCAUAGUCCCUGAUGGGCAAAAUACAUUAAUGCCAUAUUCCGGAAAUUAA